AUGGACAACAUGAACUCGUUUGUGGAAUACUCAUUUUGCAACCGACCGGGCCCCGGCGCCUACUCUGCGCCCAAACCUGCGCACCACCACCACCACCACCAUCUGCAUCACCUUCACCAUCCUCUGGACCAGACCCAGAGCUUCCCGGUGACCACCGGCGCCUUCCACGCGGGCCCCGCCGCCUCCUCGUCUGCAGUUCAUGGAACGAGAGGGGACAGCACGAGUUACACCGGGGAUGGACGGCUGUACGCGGGCAACGGAGCCGGCACCGGCGUUGAAGGAGUCCAUGCGGCCCCAGGGUCGACCCAUCAGAAUCCUCAUCAUCAUCAUCAUGAACCGCAUCAGCAGAAACACAGUGGCUACCAUCAUCACCUGCACCAGACUCAAAGCUUGCAGAGCGGAAUACUGCAUCCCUACAACAACGGGAAUAACGCCAACCCCGGGGCCUACGCGGGUCAGGUGUGUUCCACAAACUCGGAGUACAUUUCCGCGACGGGCCCAGCGAACACCGCUCACCCUCAGUAUUUCAUGGAGGAGUCUGUGGCCUCCUCCUACUAUCAUCAAUCAACCUUCCCCAGCUCGGCCUCCACCGUCGGUCCCAGCUACGGGGCCCUGGCAGGGGCCUACUGCGGGCCUCAGGGCGCUCUGGCAGGGCCACAGUUCCAGCAGCAGCUCGGCGGGGGCCUGGACGCAGCCAGCUACAUGGGGCUUCCUCACGGGGGAGGUCUCGGGGAGCUGCCGGUCUCUCAGGACCGGGACAAGGGGGAUGAGGAGGGCCAGCAGGCCGGGCAGGGACAGACCUUCGACUGGAUGAAGGUGAAGAGGAACCCGCCUAAAACAGUUAAAGUGGCGGACUUCGGCCUCGCGGGCGCGCACAACAACGCCAUGCGCACCAACUUCAGCACGCGGCAGCUGACCGAGCUGGAGAAGGAGUUCCACUUCAGCAAGUACCUGACGCGCGCACGCCGCGUGGAGAUCGCGGCCACGCUGGAGCUGAACGAGACGCAGGUGAAGAUCUGGUUCCAGAACCGGCGCAUGAAGCAGAAGAAGCGCGAGCGGGAGGGCGCAUCCGCCACGGCCCACUCCUCCUCCUCCGGUAUCGACGGAGGCUUCAACAAGGACCUGGAGGACACCGACCAAUCCUCCGCGUCCACGUCUCCAGGCGCGUCCCCGAGCCCGGAGACGUAG